AUGUUUUGGGUUUUGGUUUUAUUGAACUUGGUUGUUCUUAGUGGUGAUGGGAUGGUUUCAGAGGGAGCUUCAAGGCCUCGUGAUGUUAAUGUUGGAGCAAUCUUUAGUUUAGGCACUUUAUAUGGUCAAGUUGCAAAUAUUGCAAUGAAAGCUGCAGAGGAUGAUGUCAAUUCUGAUCCUAGCGUCCUCGGUGGAUCGAAAUUGCGUAUAAUGAUGUAUGAUGCUAAGCGAAAUGGAUUCCUCAGUAUCAUGGGAGCAUUGCAGUUCAUGGAGACUGAUGCUGUGGCUAUAAUUGGUCCUCAGACAUCAAUCAUGGCUCAUGUACUGUCUCAUCUUGCAAAUGAGCUUAGUGUGCCUAUGUUGUCAUUCACAGCUUUAGACCCUAGUCUCUCGGCGCUUCAGUUCCCGUUCUUUGUCCAAACAGCGCCUAGCGAUCUCUUUCAGAUGCGCGCCAUUGCGGAAAUGAUAACUUAUUACGGUUGGUCAGAUGUGAUUGCGUUGUACAAUGACGAUGACAACAGUAGAAACGGUAUAACAUCAUUAGGCGAUGAGCUCGAAGGAAGGCGCUGCAAGAUAUCUUACAAGGCUGUGCUUCCUUUGGAUGUUGUGCUUAUGAGUCCUCGUGAGAUCAUAGAUGAGUUGGUUAAGAUUCAAAGGAUGGAAUCUCGUAUAAUCAUUGUGAAUACAUUCCCCAGAACUGGUAAAAUGAUCUUUGAGGAAGCUCAGAAGCUUGGCAUGAUGGAGAAAGGUUAUGUUUGGAUAGCUACUACUUGGUUGACUUCUCUGUUAGAUUCUGUUAGCCCUUUGCCUCCAAAGAAUGCUGAAUCUCUUAGAGGAGUGCUCACUCUUCGUAUUCACACGCGGAAUUCGAUAAAGAAAAGAGAUUUCGUGGCACGGUGGAACAAGCUGAGUAAUGGAACUGUCGGGUUAAACGUUUAUGGUCUCUAUGCAUAUGAUACUGUCUGGAUCAUUGCUCGAGCUGUUAAGAGACUUCUAGAUAGUGGAGCUAACAUUUCUUUCUCCAGCGACUCAAAGUUAACCACCUUGAAGGGAGGGUCACUGAAUCUACGUGCAUUGAGCAUAUUUGAUCAAGGAUCACAGUUUCUUGAUUAUAUUGUGAAUACAAAGAUGACUGGUGUUACAGGUCCAGUGGAGUUUCAUCCCGACAGAUCGAUGUUUCAGCCUGCGUACGACAUUAUAAAUGUGGCUGAUGACGGGUUUAAGCAGAUAGGGUACUGGUCUAACCAUUCUGGACUCUCUGUUGUACCUCCUGAGUCACUAUACAGUAAGCCUCCAAACCGGUCGAGCUCAAACCAACAUCUGAACAAUGUGACUUGGCCUGGUGGGACUACUGUGACACCGCGUGGAUGGGUUUUUCCUAACAAUGGGAGAAGAUUGAGAAUCGGUGUCCCCGAGAGAGCAAGCUUCAAGGACUUUGUGUCAAGGGUCAAUGGAAACAACAAAGUGCAAGGGUAUUGCAUAGAUGUAUUUGAAGCUGCGGUAAAACUGCUUUCUUAUCCGGUUCCUCACGAGUUCAUCCUAUUUGGAGACGGUCUCAAGAACCCAAACUACAAUGAACUUGUCAACAAUGUAACUACUGGGGUAUUUGAUGCUGUGGUUGGAGACAUAGCGAUUGUCACAAAAAGAACAAAGAUUGUUGAUUUCACUCAGCCAUACAUAGAAUCAGGGCUUGUCGUAGUUGCUCCGGUCACGAAGCUAAAUGAUACUCCUUGGGCGUUCUUACGCCCUUUUACGCCUCCAAUGUGGGCUGUAACAGCAGCUUUUUUCCUCAUCGUUGGAUCAGUAAUUUGGAUUCUUGAACAUCGAAUCAACGAUGAGUUUCGUGGACCUCCAAGGAGGCAAAUUGUUACAAUACUCUGGUUCAGCUUCUCGACGAUGUUUUUCUCCCACAGAGAGAAUACAGUGAGCACACUUGGUCGUAUUGUGUUGUUGAUCUGGCUUUUUGUGGUUCUGAUCAUAACGUCAAGCUACACAGCGAGUCUUACAUCGAUUCUUACAGUGCAACAGCUUAACUCACCGAUAAAAGGAGUAGACACACUCAUCAGCAGCAGCGGACGAAUCGGGUUUCAAGUAGGUUCUUAUGCUGAAAACUACAUGAUUGAUGAGCUUAACAUUGCUAGAUCAAGACUUGUUGCACUAGCCUCUCCUCAAGAAUACGCUACAGCUCUUCAAAACGGAACUGUUUCUGCCAUUGUCGAUGAACGACCUUACGUUGAUCUCUUCCUCUCGGAUUUCUGCGGAUUCGCCAUUAGAGGCCAAGAAUUCACCAGAAGUGGCUGGGGAUUUGCAUUUCCGAGAGACUCGCCAUUAGCGGUUGACAUGUCAACCGCGAUCUUAGGCUUAUCAGAAACCGGGAAACUUCAAAAGAUACAUGACAAGUGGCUUUCGAAAUCAAACUGCAGUAACCUGAAUGGUUCACAGUCAGAUGAUGAUCCAGAACAGCUUAAACUCCGUAGCUUCUGGGGGUUAUUCCUUGUAUGUGGUAUCGCGUGUUUUAUCGCUCUAUUCAUCUACUUCUUCAAGAUAGUCCGCGACUAUUGCAACCACCACAAGCCUGAGGAAGAAGCUAUAGUACCUUCGCCACCAGAAAGUUCGCGUUCUAGAUCAUUGCAGAGAUUUCUAGCUUAUUUUGAUGAAAAAGAAGAUGAAUCCAAGAGAAAGUUGAAGCGUAAACGAAACGAUGAUCUUUCUGUAAAGUCUUCUAGAUCAAUGUGA